GCAGCUAUGGUCAACACUAUGGUGUUCUUCACCAUUGCGGCCACUGGCGAGCCCUAGGGCCACGUCUCCUUCUAGCUGUUUGCAGACGAAGUUCCAAAGAGAGCACAAAACUUUCAUUUUCCAAGCACUGGAGAGAAAGGAUUUGAAUAUAAGGGUUCUUCCUUUCACAAAGUUAUUCCAGGAUUCAUGGGUCAGGGUGGUGACUUCACAGGCCAUAACGGCACUGGUGGCGGGUCCAUCUAUGGGGAGAAAUUUGAGGAUGAGAACUUCAUCCUGAAGCACACAGGUUCUGGCAUCCUGUCCUUGGCAAAUACUAGACCAAACACAAACGGUUCCCAGUUUUUUAUCUGCACUGCCAAGACUGAGGGGCUGGAUGGCAAGCAUGUGCUCUUUGGAAAGGUGAAAGAAGGCAUGAACAUCGUGGAAGCCAUGGAGCGUUUUGAGUCCAGGAAUGGUAAGACCAGCAAAAAGAUCUCAGUGUUCAACUGUGGACGACUCUAA